AUGGUUUCUGCCAAGAAGGUACCCGCGAUCGCUACGUCCUCCCGGGUCAGUUUCGCCCUCCUGCACUUCCUGUGCCUGGCGGCUUGUUUAAACGAAUCCCCAGGACAGAACCAAAAAGAGGAGAAAUUAUGCCCGGAAAAUUUUACCCGCAUCCUGGACAGCUUACUCGAUGGUUAUGACAACAGGCUGCGUCCUGGAUUUGGGGGUCCUGUUACAGAAGUAAAAACUGACAUAUAUGUCACCAGCUUUGGACCUGUCUCUGAUGUUGAAAUGGAAUACACAAUGGAUGUGUUCUUCAGACAGACAUGGAUUGACAAAAGACUAAAAUAUGAUGGCCCCAUUGAAAUUUUGAGAUUGAACAAUAUGAUGGUGACAAAAGUAUGGACCCCUGAUACUUUCUUCAGGAAUGGAAAGAAAUCUGUUUCACAUAAUAUGACAGCUCCAAAUAAACUUUUUAGAAUUAUGAGAAAUGGCACUAUUUUAUACACAAUGAGACUCACCAUAAGUGCAGAGUGUCCCAUGAGAUUGGUGGAUUUCCCCAUGGAUGGUCAUGCAUGCCCUUUGAAAUUUGGAAGUUAUGCAUAUCCGAAGAGUGAGAUGAUUUAUACCUGGACAAAAGGUCCUGAGAAAUCAGUGGAAGUUCCAAAGGAGUCUUCCAGCUUAGUCCAAUAUGACUUGGUGGGGCAAACUGUAUCAAGUGAAACUAUCAAGUCCAUUACGGGUGAAUAUAUUGUUAUGACAGUUUAUUUCCACCUCAGACGGAAGAUGGGUUACUUUAUGAUUCAGACAUACAUUCCAUGUAUUAUGACAGUGAUUCUUUCUCAAGUUUCGUUCUGGAUAAACAAGGAAUCAGUUCCAGCUAGGACUGUAUUUGGAAUAACCACAGUCCUCACCAUGACCACACUGAGCAUCAGCGCACGGCAUUCUUUGCCCAAGGUGUCCUACGCUACUGCCAUGGAUUGGUUCAUAGCCGUCUGCUUUGCUUUCGUAUUUUCCGCCCUUAUUGAGUUUGCUGCUGUCAAUUAUUUUACCAAUAUUCAAAUGGAAAAAGCCAAAAGGAAGUCCUCAAAAGCCCUCCAGGAAAUACCAGUGGCUCCCGUGCAGAGAGAAAAGCCUCCCGAAGCACCUCUGCAGAACACAAAUGCCAGUCUGAACAUGAGGAAAAGAUCAAAUGCCUCAGUUCACUCUGAACCUGAUGUUGGCAACAGAACUGAGGUGGGAAACCAUUCGAGCAAAUCUUCCACAGUUCUUCAAGGAUCUUCCGAAGCCACAUCGAAGUCUUACUUAGCUUCCAGUCCAAACCCAUUCAGCCAUGCAAAUGCAGCGGAAACGAUAUCUGCUGCAAGAGCACCUCUAUCUGCUCCUCCUUCUACUCCUCGUAGAACUGGGUCUGUGGCCCAACAGGCUUCCGUUGGAUCUGCUUCUACCCACCGUGUGUUCGGAUCGAGACUGGAGCGAAUUAAGACCACCGUUAAUACCAUAGGGGCUCCCGGGAAGUUGUCAGCCACCACUCCUCCCUCUGCUCCACCACCGCCUGGAUCCGGCACAAGCAAAAUAGACAAAUAUGCCCGCAUUCUCUUUCCAGUAACAUUCGGGGCAUUUAACAUGGUCUAUUGGGUUGUUUAUUUAUCUAAGGACACUAUGGAGAAAUCAGAAAGUCUAAUGUAAUUGUGUUGCUAGAGUAGUUUCCUAAAAGAUGAUGAACUUA